AUGGUCAAUACUACAGGUCUCCUUGGUGUUGUACUCCUCGUCCGUCACGGCGAUAGACUUGAGUUCUUCCAGGACCCCCUGACGUAUAAUCCCGCCCAGACUUUCAUCACUCCCCUCGGAAGUGUCGAAGAGUACCAGCUAGGCUCUUUCCUGCGCUCAGUGUACAUAAAUACAUCUUCGAGCUCGUACAUUAACGGCCUCAACACGGAUGUCGUCAACAUCACUCAGCUCGACGUCCGCGCUGACGCAUCCGGCGAGGGCAGCGUGAUUGUCAAUUCCGUGCAGGCGCUGCUUCAGGGUUUGUACCCGCCCACCACGGAUAAUAACAUCACUUUGGCCAACGGUUCGACUAUCAUUGCUCCCCUCGGCGGUUACCAGUACAUCCCAGUGGACUCCGUUGAAGAAGACUUGGACAUAUCUUUGAACAGUUUCACGGACUGCCCUAAUUUCGACGCGCAUAUAUCUGAAUUUUACUCGUCUCCCGGUUUCUUGGCGGAGGCCCAGGAAGCAGCGCCUUUCUUGGCAGACCUUGCACCAUACCUCGGUAACCGGUCAACGAACUUCACCAACAUGUGGAAUAUAUUUGACUACGUCAAUGUACAAUCGAUCCACAACAAAACGUUCUACGACAUACUCCCCGCGGGAUAUGAGGAGCAAGCCUACUAUUAUGCUAAUUAUCACGAGAACGGCGUGUUCACCGACCCCGUGAGCGUUGGUGGUAUUGGGAACAUCGCGAUCCAAACAAUUCUGCCCUCUAUAUUCACGGCGUUGACGAGCAUGGCAGACGGGAGCGACGGCGUCCUGCUGAUGAUUAAUGAGAUCAGUUACAAGCCGUUCAUCAGCUUGUUCAACGUCACCGACGCCGCACUUGCCGACCCCAGUAUUGCUGGAAUAGUCGACUAUGCCGCGGCCGUCGCCCUCGAGCUGAGUGCGGGCGAUCCGGAGCCCCUGGUUACAAUGAAGCUAAAGAAUGGCACGACCGACGCUGAGUUCCACACCCUCAGCCUUUUCGGCACCACCGGCGGCGUUCCUCUGUCCCAGUUCAUUGACACGCUUGCGCCGAUAGCGGUCAACAACACACAGCAGUGGUGUGCGGCGUGCAACCAGACGACCCUUCGCGGGUGCUCGGUGUACUACCCAUCGUAG